AUGCCAGCGGCAGAGUAUGUCGCCAUCGACGACCAUGAGCCGACCUACGCCGAGCCCGGCGAGGACCCGCUGGCGACCGAGCCGACGGUGGACAUGGCGAUCGAGGUGUGGGCGGUGCCCACGACCAUGCAAGGCGUGUACGAUGAUAGCGCCCCGACCCCGCAUCGGCGCGGCCGCGUGCUGCCUGCUUGGAUAACCCAGGCAUCCCGCUGCCAGCCGCUGCUGGACGCUGGUGUCACCGCCGUCAUGCGGCAUAGUGGAUACGCGU